AUGGACGAAGUUGCCUCAUCGAUCUCGACCGAUAUACAAUACAGCUGCGGCUCCAGCGCGACGGAGGAUUUAUCAAGUGCGUCCAAGCUGAUGCAGAAGUACUGCAGCCAGGAGGAACACAUCACUUUCUUUUCGCCAACCAAGAAUAUUGUGGAGGUAUAUAUAACAGAUCUUCCUGAGUUGGCAUAUCUCCCUCCUUGCGCGCAGUCGGGAUUAUCAUACGCCGUGGUCAAUAUUGGAUCGUCAAGGUGCCCUGAAGCUGCAGAGUUGAAUGCGCCGUGUGUCUGUAACAAGAAAGAUGCUGUUCAAGAUAUUACUUCAACACUUAAGAGUGCCGUGAAGUAUUCAUGUUCCAACAACGGAGACGUCACUUCGGCCCAGAACUUCUACAGCGAAUUCUGUCAGAUGAACGACGGCACAACGUCCUUUACACCCCCGAAAGGGCCUCCUGGAGAUAUGUCAUACUACAUCACAGCCAUGCCGCAUUUCAAGUCUCAACAAAUGUGCCCAGUCAGGGAUAGCUUCUGCAGUCAUGGAGGGAUGUCAAAGAUCAUCUCUAGCAGUUUAACUGAGCGAGUCAAGGACUACUGCGAUAGCACUCACAUUGCCAACGUCACAUCCGCCAUCGACGUCUUUCGUCUGACCCUAGCCAUGAGGAUAAAGGAGGAGGAUGAAUCAAAGACGAGUAUCGCGCCGAUCGCUGGAGGAGUUGCUGGCGCUGUCGUGGUUGCCGCUCUUGGCGCGGGACUAUUCCUCUGUAUUCGAAGAAAGCGUCAACGUCAAGCCAAGGGCGAAGAACUCUCCAACGACGCCGACGGACCUCCAGAAUAUACUGGGCAUCCAGAGCUCAUGGGCAAUAGUGCUUAUAUCAAGGGACACACUGCACCCCCAAUUGUUUCCGAAUUGUCAUCGACCACUUCCUUCAAGCCCGAACUUGGCGGGGGGCAGGGCAUUUCAGAGCUCCCUCCUAAUCAUGCGCCCACAGCUGAGCUUCAGGCUCACCUUGCAAAGUCUAACUGGGGUAAUUCACCAGCACAAUCAGAAUAUGUGUCGCCGGUGAGUCCUGCGCCAGCAUAUUCUGGCCUCCAUGGAAUGGGUUUUCAGUCAGGGCCUGUGGAGGCUUAUGAGUUGGAUUCGAAUAUACGUAGUCGAUAG